AUGACUGCCAUUAAGGCUAUUUCAGGCACCAUUGAGACCAAUGCCCGGGAACUGAACCUCACACUCACACUGAAGAGCGGACAGGCGUUCCGGUGGAGGCCUUGCAGUGGCAGUGGAGGCAGUAGUGGCAGUGUAUGGGUUGGAGUGGUUGACAACCGCUUUGUCUUCCGGUUGACACAAUCGCCAGACAAACAACACAUCACUUAUGAAGUGCUUAAUGCAGACAUCGAGGACAGGGAUGUGAGGGAUGACCAGUAUUUCCGUGAAUUGAUUGCGCAUUACUUGCGAUUGGAUGUGAGUGCGAGUGAUCUGUACGACAAGUGGUCCCAAAGUGAUGCCAACUUCGCUGCCAUCGCUGUCCACAUGAAAGGCAUACGAAUUAUGCGCCAAAACCUCAUCGAAACGCUCUUUUCAUUCAUCUGUUCCUCAAAUAACAAUAUCUCACGGAUUGAGACAAUGAUUGAAAGGAUGUGUCAAAAGUAUGGACACGUGUUGUAUGAGUCGCCAGAGUUGGGAAGCAUUCACUCGUUCCCAGACGUCCGCCAUUUGGCCGAAGACAGUGUGGCCGCAGAGCUCAAGCGAUUGGGUUUCGGCUAUCGAUCCAAAUAUAUCGAGAGCACCGCCAAAGCCAUAUGCCAUGAGUACGACAGUCCCCUCCAGUGGGCCACCACUUUGCAGGCCAUGCCCUACAGUGAGGCAAAGGACGCAUUGACACGACUGCCCGGAGUUGGGCCUAAAGUUGCCGACUGUAUAGCACUCAUGGCUUUGGGACACUUGCAGGCCAUCCCUGUGGACAUACAUGUGUUGAAAAUCGCACGAAACCAGUACUUACCUCAUCUCAAGAAAAACAAGACACUCACCCACAGGGCGUACAACGAAAUCGCCGACUUCUUCCGGUCUACGUUUGGUGAGAGCGCCGGUUGGGCUCAGGCCGUCCUCUUCUGCGCUGAUCUCAAGCCAUUGAAGCCAUCAAUGAAUGCAAUGAAUGGACAAUAA